UAUGGUGUUCAAGAUGGCGCAGUCAAAAGUCAAUGAAUAUUUCGUUGCACGUAAAAAGACGAAGGGGACACAGCAGUCUAAGCGGAGAAGGGUUGAAGUGAGCCAGACCGAUGACGAUAUAUCCAAUCUCAAAUUAAAUGUACGAUCUGCACCAUAUUAUGAUUCCUCUACAACUGAGGAGAGUGCCAAAACCGUGACCACGAACAAAACAAUAGCUGAAUUCCCGUCCGUUUCUACCCCAACAACAAAGCAACAGCGGUCAAAUUCGAAACAUAAACAAACAACUACAGCAGCACCGAAACGCAGAGGUCGGUCAGCUAAAAUUCUGACUAUUCCUGGUGACCAACAACUGAUAACAACUACAUUUUCAGCAAAAGGAAGUCUUGAUCUGAUCAAUACAAACUUUGCUACAGAAGAUAUAUUUAAUGACACUACCCAACUGACACGCCCAUUGGUAGAAGAAAAGUCACAGCUCAUAACUGUUAGUCAGAUUGAAAAUACUCCAAAAAAGCAAAUACAAGUUCCAGAUGAAAAAGCUGUAACUGUGCAGCCAAGACGAAGAAGAGAAAAGUUAGCAGAUCCAGCACCAGUGACACCGGAAAAUGUUCAGGUUCAAGAGGCCUAUUCUAAAUCGAAAAGCCUUGGUAGUGUUAGAAAACAGUUGAAGUUACCAAAUAAAGAAAAGGUUGAAGUUAAUCACGAUGAGAAAGAGAGCACCAAAGUACCAUCACCCAUAUCAAGAAUACUUGAGAAAGAAUUGCUUCCACAAAUAUCGCCAUUACCAAAUACCCCCAACAAUGAGAUUCAGAAACAAAGUAAAGGUCCUAGUCUACCUAUAUCACCUAAAGUAAAAGCUGCUAUGGAAAAGUGUAAAGAAUUACAAGUAAAGGAAGAUUCUUCAAAACCAAAGACUUUAGAGGAGAAAAUGCAACCUGAGCAACUCAGAAGACAGCUGAGAAAAUGUGGGAAACUGGAAGAAUUAAAAGCGCAAUUACUACAAAUGAACAAAUCCAUAUGUAAAGUAAAAAAAACGCCUAAGUUAAAGAAAUUUGCUGAUGUUAAAAUUACAUCACCCGUAAAAGUAGAGAAACCAAGUUUGGUGGACAGUAAGAGUGCAGCUAUACCAGCGUAUGAGAAAUACCAUUCUUUAGCUACUCCGGCUGCUGCUACUCUAAAACUACCAUUAAAAUAUCAGAAGUUAGCAGAGACAUUCCGUUGCAUGGACACAGUAGUUAGCAUGAUGCAUAACCGCUAUGAAAUAUGUACAUAUUCUAAGCUUAAGAAUGCUGUUCAAGUCAUGACUAAGAAAAACUUUGAAACACAUCAUGUAGGUCAAGUUAAGACAGUUCAUCCAGCAGCAUAUCAUCUCAAACAAGAAAAGGGACUUCCCCAAUUUGGUAGUAAAUGUAAUGAUUAUCAACUAACUAUUGAGGCUAAUCUUCAAUCAGCUAAUGAAAUGAAAGAAGAUAAGUUAAUAGGAAAACAUGUACUGUUUUCUGCUAGUCAUCUUUUAGAACGAAGAAAUGUGUUUCAUACAGAACUGAUAAAUCGUGUUAAAUAUCAUCACAAGAAUUUUUUGGACAACUUAGACAAACCGUUGUCCAUUCCUGAUGAUAAGAUAACCCGUUGGCAUCCAGCGUUUCCAUUAGAUCAAGUUGCUGAUAUAGAAGCUGCAGAGUUACCUCAACCACCAGUAGUUAAUAAAUAUCACUCCGCUAAAGAUGUUCUGGAUGAAAGAAGAGGAAAACUGACACCUAAAGUGGAAGAAGCAUUAGAGAAUGUAGCAUCUUUAAAUAUAAAAAACGAGAAGAAAGACAUUAAGGAAGAACCAUCUGUAACUGUACCUAAUAAUGCUGCCUAUAGAGGAAUACCUGCUUCUUUAUUAGAAAAGAUUCGGGCUAAAGAAGCUAAGAAACUAGAGUUAGCAAUGACUAGAGACCCUGAAGAAGAGAAGAAGACCGUAAUGAUGAGCAGACUGCCAGAUCUGAUCAGAAUAAUCAGAACACAUUUUGUUACAGAAAAGAAACCUGCACUGCCUAUAGAUUCGGUUGUUAAAAAACUAGCUGACAGUACAAAAUCAAAUUUGUCAAUUACUGAUGUACACAAUCAUUUAAAGCUUCUCUUAAAUAUUUUACCAGAGUGGAUAUCAAUGGUAGAGAUUAAAAAAGGAAAAUAUUUAAAAAUUGGAAGAAAUAUGGAUAUACAUGACAUGAGUAAUAAAAUAACCAGUUUAAUUAAAGCUAGGAAGUAGAUAUAUCAUAUGUUUGAAAUUUUUAUUAUAAAAGGGACUCCACAAUCUAUGAGGAUUUAUUCUAUAAAGAAAAGAAGGCAUGCAUUUCUAAUUUUUAUACGCCCACAUUUUCAUGUGGGCCUAUAUUGUCGUCGCCCCUGUCCGUCCACAAUUUGUUUGUGAACUCUCUACAGGUCACAAUUUUUAUCUGAUUUCGACAAAACUUGUAAUUGUCAAUCUUGGCUUUAAUAAUGUACUGAUUGCUGUGAUAGGCAACAGCUUCAUGGUUUUUGGACCAAUAAACAUAUCAGAAGCAUAUAUAUAGCAGUGACAAAUAUUGAUCAAAACCAAUUCUUCAUUCAUUCUAGUUUACAAUUCAUAUUAGUGAACCAUUUUGCCAAUUAUCUCAAAAUGACUGUUCUAGACCCAUAUGGACAACAUGUAACCAGGAUAUUAAGUUGACAUUAAGCCAAAUUUGAAUCCGAAUAGCCAUGCCAUUAUCAGUUACAAUGUAUAUUUAGGUAAUUUUCUUUUGCUCUGGCCUGUAAAUUCCAUUCAAGAUUGUUGAGUCUUUUUAGUACAUAAGCUUCAAAAAUCAAACUUUGCAUUAUUUUGAAACCUGUUUUUGUAAUUUAAUUCUGUUAUAUUUUUUUUUAUAAUAAUUAUAUUUUUAAAAAUUAGUAGUUAGUUACGCCAUUUUUAAAUUGUUACUUUUGAUUAUAAUUUUCAGUUUGCAAUAAUAUCUAAGAAUUGACUAAUUAAGAUAUUUUAGAUCCCCAAGUUCAUUGGAUAUUUCAAUAAUUUACAGUGUUUUUAGGAUAAGUUUAUUCAUGUUGUGACAGAAUUGCAAUCAUAAAUUAAAAUAACACAAGCCAGAUUCAAAGUUUUACAGAGUUAAAGAAGCAUUAAGUAAGAUUUAGAUAAAGAACUUGCCACUCUUGCUAUAAUAGGCUACUUCAAAAACAGAUAAUGCAAAAUGAAUACAUUUAAAAUUUUAUUCAAAUUACUUUAUUCUUACCGAAUUUAUCAAUAUAGUUUUGACAAGAUGUGUGCAUUGAUUGUUUAUUAUCGAAGUUAAUUAAUAAAUGUCUAAUUAAAAAUACAUUAUGUAAAAUUUAGAUAAAGAACUAGCCAUUCUUGCUAUGAUAGUUCGAAAGUAGAUGAUGUAAAAUGAAUAAUUGGAAAAUUCCAUUCAAAUUACUCUAUUGCAAGCGAAGAUAUUAGCCUUUGAAGGUUUGACAGACGUGUGCAAUAAUUUCAACCACCGUACUGGUUGAUCAAAGCUAAGUCUCGGUCCUCACUAUUUGAUUAAAUCAAAGUAUCGCUGAACCAUUCUAAUCUAUAUCGGAGAAAUCUGAUGCCAUCGAGAGUUGAUUAAGGCCUGGAUCAGUUAAUUAAUGUCUAAUUAAUACUUUAGAAAACAUUUCAGGCCUAAAGAAAGACCUGCAAUAGGCAGAUUUAGCUCUUGCAUAAUGCAUGUUUAAUAGUAUAGAUUUAACACCUAAAGAAAGGCCUGCAAUAGGCAGAUUUAACUCUUGAAAAAUGCCUGUUUAAGUAAGAAGAAACUAAAUUUGAACAGUUAUCUGCAAUGGACACACUUUUGUAUAAUGAACUUUUCGUUUAUAAUGUCAUAUCACAAUAUUAGAAUUGAUUUAUUUAUUAUUUGUAUAUUUUCCAUGUUUGCUUUAUAAUAAGCCAUUCCUCAGCAUGAUGGAAAUAUUUUUUCUCAUUAUUUUUAUACCAAACCAAUAAUGAUAGUUUUAUCUGGAAUAUUUAGAAAUUCAUUUUUAGAGAUAAUUUUUAAUAUCUAUGUGCAACAUAUACAUCCUACACCCAUGUAAAUUUUCAAAGAAUGUACAAGAAAUGUAUGUAUGUAAAAUUGUCAGAAAAAUGUGUUAAAAUCCAUUUAAAUUUUAUUUUCUUACUAAUCCAUUGAUAAUGACAAUAGGAGGAGCAUUUCACAUAAGCUUAGUCUGUUCUCAAAAUCCCUGUAUCUGGAUUAUCAUAAGUCAUCAUCUGUGAACAGUGAACAUUUGGAAACCUCUCAGGUGGGGUCUUUUGUCUAAAAGUUUCCCAGGGCCGACACAGAAAUAUCUGACAAUCCUC